AUGAAAAUUUUAGAAAUAUAUGAUAAACAAAUAGCAGAGAAAGAAGGAAACAUAUUUAUAUUUAUAUCCAAGUGGAUCAUUAGUGUGGAUCAUAAAAACAUAGGAACUAUGUACACAAAUUUUAGUAUAUUGGCAGGGAUAGUAGGAACUUUACUAUCGUUAGUUAUCAGAAUGGAAUUAUCAACAGGAAACAUGUUAGAUGGAGACGGUCAACAAUAUAACGUAAUCGUAACCGCACAUGGAUUAAUAAUGAUAUUCUUCGUGGUUAUGCCGGCAAUGUUAGGAGGAUUUGCAAACUGGUUCAUACCAAUAAUGGUAGGAUCACCAGAUGUAGCUUUUCCAAGAUUAAACAACAUUAGCUUAUGGUUAAUCAUUGUAUCAUUUUUCUUAUUACUUACAUCAUCAUGUGUAGGAAUAGGAGUAGGAACAGGUUGGACAGUUUAUCCACCAUUAAGUACGAUGGAAUAUCACCCUGGACAUGCAGUAGACGUAGGAAUAUUAAGUUUACAUAUAGCAGGAGCAUCAUCAUUACUAGGAGCAAUAAACUUUUUAACAACAGUAUUUAAUAUGAAAAUAGCAGGAUUAAGUUGGUCAAAAGUAUCAUUAUUUGUAUGGUCAAUAUUAAUAACUGCAGUAUUAUUAGUAUUAUCUUUACCUGUAUUAGCAGGAGGAUUAACAAUGUUAAUUACAGAUCGAAAUUUUGAAACAACAUUUUUCGAUCCAAUAGGAGGAGGAGAUCCAAUACUGUAUCAGCACCUUUUUUGGUUUUUUGGUCAUCCAGAAGUAUAUAUUUUAAUAUUACCAGGAUUUGGAUUAGUAAGUAUAAUAUUAUCUAAAUAUAGUAAUAAAGGAAUCUUUGGAGUAAAAGGAAUGAUCUCAGCAAUGAGUGCAAUUGGAUUUUUAGGAUUCUUAGUAUGGGCUCAUCACAUGUACACUGUAGGAUUAGACGUGGAUACACGAGCAUAUUUUACAGCAGCAACAAUGAUAAUUGCAAUCCCAACAGGAAUAAAAAUUUUUAGUUGGUUAGCAACAUUAUGGGGAGGAGUAAUAAAAAUUACAACACCAAUGUUAUUCGUAAUAGGAUUUUUAGUUCUAUUUACAAUAGGAGGAUUAACAGGAGUAGUAUUAGCAAAUGGAGGAUUAGAUAUUAGUUUACAUGAUACAUAUUAUGUAGUAGCUCAUUUUCAUUAUGUAUUAUCAAUGGGAGCAAUAUUUGCAAUAUUUGCAGGAUAUUAUUAUUAUUAUUCAAUUAUGAAUAGUACAAGAUUAUUCGGAGUAGUCCGAUAUAAUGAACAAUUAGGAAGAAUACAUUUCUGGACAAUGUUUAUUGGAGUAAAUGUUACAUUUUUUCCAAUGCAUUUCUUAGGAUUGGCAGGUAUGCCACGUAGAAUAGGAGAUUAUCCAGAUGCAUAUAUAGGAUGGAAUUUAAUAGCAUCAUAUGGAUCAUUAAUAACAGCAUUUGGAUUAUUAUUUUUCGUUGUAAAUAUAUUUACACCAUAUAUAAGAAGAAGUGUAAAUAUAAAAAACGGAGCAAUAAUUUUAAUGGGAUUAGACUUUGCCCGAGACUGGCAAAUAGGAUUUCAAGAUCCAGCAACACCAAUAAUGGAAGGAAUAAUUGAUUUACAUAAUUAUAUAUUCUUUUAUUUAAUAGUAGUUGCAGUAUUUAUCGGAUGGGUAAUGGGACGAAUUUUAUGGAGAUUUUCUUAUAAAUGGAGUUAUCCUACAAUAGGAGAUAUUGAAAUAUUUAAAAAUUUUACAGCAUAUAAUCAAAUAAUACAUGGAACAGUUAUUGAAAUCGUUUGGACAUUAAUUCCAACAGUAAUAUUAUAUUUAAUAGCAAUUCCAUCCUUUACAUUAUUAUAUGCGAUGGAUGAAAUUAUUAAUCCAACAGUAACAAUCAAAAUUAUAGGUCAUCAAUGGUAUUGGAGUUAUGAAUAUGGAGAUAAUGCAAGUAAUUUAAUAGAAUUUGAUAGUUAUAUGGUUUAUGAACGAGAUUUAGCAGAAGGACAACUAAGAUUAUUAGAAGUAGAUAAUGCAAUGGUAGUUCCAGUAAAAACACAUAUUAGAUUAAUAAUAACAUCAGGAGAUGUUUUACAUAGUUGGGCGAUUCCAUCAUUUGGAAUAAAAGUAGAUGCCGUACCAGGACGAUUAAAUCAAAUUGGAUUGUAUGUAAAAAGAGAAGGUACAUUCUAUGGACAAUGUAGUGAAUUAUGUGGAGUAGAUCAUGGAUUUAUGCCAAUUAAAGUUCAAGCUGUUAAAUUAGGAGAGUAUUUUUCAAAACUAAAUGAAAAAUAA